AUGCCCACAACACAAGCGAACGAUGAAGAAGUAGAAGAGAUCUACGAAAAUAUAGAAGAACUCAUUAACCUCAUAAAUAGUAAGGAAAAUUUUAUUAUCAUGGGGGAUUGGAAUGCGAUUGUGGGUGAAAAUACAGACGACAAAUUGGUAAAUACGGACUCGGGACAAGGAAUGAAUGAGGUAACCGUCUUGGCGAAUUUUGCAGACAACAUGAUUUAGUUAUAACCAAUACUUUAUUCAUGAAUCACAAAAGAAGACGCUAUACGUAUAAAACACUGGGUGAUAUUAACAAAUACCAAUUAGACUAUAUUUUGGUAAAGAAUAGGUACAAACACCAGAUCAAAUCGUGUAAAGCCUACCCAGGAGCUGAUAUUGACAGCGACCAUAACCUGGUAAUGAUCAAGUCCGUAUUGAAAUUCAAGAAGUUAAAAAAACCAAAAAACAAAGGGCAUAAGUGGAAUUUGUGUCAACUAAAGCAACCAGGAAUAAGAAAACUGUUCAAAAGGAAAUGCAAAGAAAAACUUGAAACCAAAAGUAAGUCGAGAAUAGAUGAUUAUAAUAAUAUAGAACAUGGAUGGCGUCGCAUAAAAGUAUCUAUUGUCCAGUCUGCAGAAGAAAUAUUAACUAGGGAGAAACUAGCACCGAAUUGCGAAUGGAUAACAACGGAAAUUGUUCAAGAUAUAGAAAGAAGAAGAUUGCUAAAAACAAAACAGAUUAAGAAAGUAAAAGACAAUAUAAGAAGUUAAGAAAAUAAACCGUGAAGCAAAAAAAUCCAAAGAGACGUGGAUCGAAAAGAAUUGUGAAGACAUAGACAAUAUGAUGAAAUACAACCAACAGGACAAGGCAUAUGAACUCAUCAAACGAUACUUUAAUGAAAAAAGUCACAAUGCACACAUGUAAAUGAUAAAGAGGGGAAUUUACUUAUAGACGAGAUAGCGAUAGCGAAUAGAUGGAAAGAAUACGUAGAAGAACUAUAUGGAGAAGAAGAAAACAUCGACUUACUCGUUGAAACCCCAACCGACGGUGAUUUUGAUUCAAAUGCAGAUACAAGAAUUCUAAAAUCAGAAUUUGAAGACUCAUUCCAAACAAUGAAGAAAAACAAAGCACCAGGCCCAGACGAAUUAAACACAAAACUCCUACAAUAG